GGUUAUCUAAAAUAUAUUGACAAGACACAAGGAGAGAUCCUUUCAAGAUUCUGGGAUACUGGUCACACAAACAAGCAACUGAGAAAGAAUCUAUAUCGCAGUUUGUCCCAAGUUAUAUCAAGAAUUGGUCGGGUCAUUUCCCUCGAAUCAGGUCAUUCACUCAUCAUCGAAGACCAGGGGUUUCUACAUUUACGAAACAGACCUCUUACAUUGGAGAUCCAGGAUUUAGAGAAAGAUACAAUUCCUCUUCAUAUCCCUCCUAGCCUU